ACACACACACACACACACACACACAAUCGGCACGCGCACACAAAUCAAACCAAAACGAGAUUAGAGUGCGUGAACUUCAAUGACCGCAAAUUACCUCCGGAAAAUGUGCGCACUGAUAAAGAUCAAUUACGAGUUGGAAAAAUGUGCGCUCUGUAAAUAAAUAGUGUAUUGUAUGAUUUUCAUCGUUUGAAGUGGUUUAUAAAUAAUAAUUCACCUGGGACUGUGUGUUCGACGAAACAUCAAAACAUUUUGAAAAUUUAUAAAUGAACCCUAUCAUCUGUGGUGAAAAAAAGAAGAAGAAGAAGAAGAAAGAAAAAUCAACAAAAAAUACCGUGACCAUAUGACAAUAAACUAUACUUUAUAUCCGCAAUCUAUUUGUAUUGACGGACAUUUUAAACAAAUGUUAUUUGCACACGCCGUCUUUUUUCCCCUUCAUUUGUCGUUUUUGUUGUUGUAACGAGGUAGCAAACCGUAAAAAACGACAAGAAGGAGAUCGAAAACGUACACGUUCAUUUAUCGGUUUGUUUUAUCGAUACUCGAUAUAUCACCGUCUAUUGCAUCGCAACAUUGCCAUUGACUUUUCUUUGGCAUUUUUUUUUUAUAUCAUCGUUGAAACAUUUUAAGAACAUGCCAUUAGCCAUUUCGAAUCAAUUGAUUUGAUUGAACGGUACUACGUGUAUUCAGCGUGCUUCAUCUUUUAUUCGGGUUGUCAUACAAGUUUUUGCAUAAGUUGACAAGUUUUUUUUUAAUUCCAUUUCCGCGUUCGGAGUGUUAUUUUGUGGAAAAGAUCGAUAGGCAGAGUGAGGAAGAUAGAUAGAGAGAUCAAAAUGUACGGCUUAAUGAAAAUGUAUAUGCUCUUCAUUGGUUCAAAUAUCAUAAUUGUUGCAUCGAUGUCAAAUUUUCACAGUGAGAAACACAGUAAUCACACAUCAACGACAGCCGAAAGUGGUGUAUCAUUCAAUAGAAAUGGUCAACGCAAUAUUGACACAGCGGAACGAAUGCGUCGCCUAAUACCAUAUAUGACAUUUUACAUACCGACAUCAAGCAGAGAAUAUCUUCCUACCUCCCCAUAUGCGCCCGUCAACAAACCAAUGAACCCUUAUCUGUAUCAUGAGUCAGCUACAUUACCAACGAAUCGAAACAACGCACCACAGCAUUUAUAUUUGCCAUCUGCAGACGGACCAGUGAUACGGAAACCAUCGUCAUCAUUAUCAUCAUCACCGUCAAGAAUUCCAACUUAUAAUGUUGACGAUAAAUUGAAAAAACUCACGAAAAUACCACAAAAGAUAACAAAAAAUGUAUUUGUAACACCGUUAGUCGAUGUAGUCAUACCACAACAAUCGUAUCAAUUAAAUGGUGAAGUUUAUAACAAUGAGCAGCAGGCUGGAAAACAAUUGAUUCGGCCAGGAGUUUAUUUAAAUGACAACCGAGGAGGUAAUAAUUUAACACCAUUCUUAGCAUCAAAUCAAGUGCCUGGACCAUUUCGACCGAUAAUCACAGUCAAAAAUUAUACGCAUGAUUUUCCAAACAACAACAAAUUGAAUAAUCCAAAUCACAUUAGAUACUCAAAUCUAAAGGAGUCACUACCGAUAGCGUUGACACACAAUCGACAACAACAGCAACAGCAACAGCAACAGCAACAGCAUCAACAACAGCAAUACGUACAGCCACAGCCCCUGCCACAUAUUCAGACAUAUUAUGUAGCAUCGACAUCAUCGACGGAACAACCAAUCGCCAACAAUGGAAUUGAUGACUCAAUCCAACAAGUGUAUUUAAUAGAACCAAUUGUUAAACCAGAAAUUAACGGACAAAAGACCAUAAUCAAACAAAAUUACAACGCACAACAAGGACAACAGCGUUACAAACAGAUCCCAAACACGAUCCAAAGCACGAAAGUGACAAAAAUUAGUUAUGACCUAGACCCAGACGAUGGAUAUGGCGGAAGAGUACUUCUACCAUAUGAAUCUUAUUAUACAAAAGAUUAUAAGAGUGUGCCACAUAUUCAGUCGACAGUAGAACCGACCUAUUUACAAAAACCGACCGUAAAACCCCUGAACACCGACUAUGAUUAUAAACUCGAUGAGUCGAUUAAUGGCUUUGAACCGGCUGUGUCAUACGAUCCUUAUAAAAUAUCGGUAACAGAACAACAUACUCAUCAACACUUAACGGAAACAACUCCAGUCAUACAGCCGCUACCAUCGAAAUAUUUCCAUCCAAAUAAUGUAACAACAAUCGAAAAAAAACCAUCGUUGACAUACAGUGAUUUUAUUCCAACAACCAGCCCAAAACCAUUACACGAAAUACUACACAAUAUGAAUAAAACGUCACUUCAAUUGCUUCUCACAAAACUAAAGGAAAACAAUUAUUUACCGAAAACAUUUACAAUGAAUAAAUUUGACAAUUCACUGAAAACACUGUCAAAAGUGUUGGGCGAUUUGAAAAAAACCCAAAAACUCGUUAAAAACUAUGAAUAUCCAUUCGCAUCACAACUGGCACCACAUCCACCACAAAAAUUGCAACCAAUCAUCAAAGGGAAUUACGAGCAUAUGAAACCGAUACAACCCAUUAAAAACAAUCGUGUUCCUGGUUCAGGUACACCGGGUAUUGAUUUUCCGGCAUACAGUGUUAUACCAAAGACAAAUUUCAAUUGUUCGGAGCAAAGAUACAAAGGAUUCUUUGGUGAUCCGGAAGCGGGAUGCCAAGCCUGGCAUUAUUGUGAUUUAAAUGGUGGCCAAGCUUCAUUUUUAUGUCCAAAUGGAACAAUUUUCAGUCAGGUGCUGUUAACAUGCGAUUGGUGGUUCAACGUAAAAUGUUCGGCAACCGCACAACUUUAUGUACUCAAUGAAAGAUUGUAUAAAUAUAUUUUACCAUUAAAUCCGAAAUUCCCAGAAGACUAUAGUGGCCCAUUGGUCGAUAAAUAUUUAGCCAUAAAAUUCCAAGAAAUGGAAGAAAAAAUGCAACGAGAACGAAAUAAAAAUCGAGUGAAGAACAAUGAAGAUGACGACGAUAGUACAGAUAUUACACCAACGGAAGACACAACUCUAACCAGUGAUACUGAUACACUACAAACCGAAACAGUAUCAACGGAGGAUCCAUUGAUCAUAACCGCUGAUACCGAACCAACAACGCCGGAUCAACGAAAUUAUUAUCAAACAACGACAUUUAUACCACCAAUAUUGCCACCAUUGCCACCGCCACCAAAAUUCCACGUGGAAAGUGAACGUGCCGAAGUGAUUGAAAUUCGUUCAGAUGGCUCAUCCGGACACUUAAUCCCUGGUCGAACAUAAUUAAUGUUCGCACGCCCAUUAUCCCGAGUCACAUAGAGAAAUAUUUAAAUCAAUAUUACAUCAUAAUAUAUGGAUUAAGUGUAAAUGUAUUUAAUAUUGUUUAACAAAUAAUUUUCGAAUCCAGUCCAUUGGCUCAUUAAUUUUGACCGAAUUGAA